CCUGACACCUGCCAAAUUGUCCCAAUUAAGGCCUCGUGCGCGUGAAGCGGCUGUUGGUUCGAGCAAAGCGGCGCUGGGGUGAUGAGCAAAGCGUGUAAAUAGUGUCCGUCUCGUGCUGUGGAUGCGGUGUAGCACCGCCCCCCCUCCGCGUCCUCCUCCCCCGCCCCCCUCCUCCUCGGCACCGUAAAUGUUAUUUAUGAAUGCCUCCCGCUCACGGGCGUGUGCACGCAGAUCCCGUAUUAUGUUUGAAUGCGUCCGACAGUCUGGAGCGUGAGACUAGCGGACGCUCGACCCGGUUCUGUGUGCGCGCUCGGACCCGGACUUUAACGCCAUCGCGGUCUCGUGAUUACUGGGUCAACACGCCGAGGAGCGUCUGCAGGCCCACCGGAGAAGGUGUGGUGGCAACAGCUGAUUAACGAUGUCCUUGUGAGAGUGGGCGGGGCUACCUGGCCCUUAGGUGAGGAGGAGGAGUCUCAGCCCCCCCUCCCCACCCCCCUUCAUCUCUUCCUGCAACAGACCAAACGGUGGUGGCUCUUCCCUCCCUCCUCUUCUUCCUCCCCCCCUCUCCCCUCCAAUCUCUGCCCCCCGUCUCCCUCCUUGGCCCCGCCCCCUGCCACCAUGCUGUGGUCAGGCUGCUAUUGGAGAGCCUGAGGAAGCAGACUCUGGAAGGUGACCCUACUGCACCAGGGGACGUCUAUCAGUCCCUGCUGGACCCGAAAACCCUCGCCGAGUGCUGGUCCCCAGAUGGCUUGAUGCCUGAGAGCAGCUACUGGCAGCUCUGCCCUCCCUCCAAGUCCAGCCUGCAGGGGGGGUUACUGAGCUCUAGUUUCCCCCCCGGCCCCGUGCCCCUGGUUCCCCCAGAUGCUCACCUGCAGGAGGGGGGCGACCCCCUGGACGGCGCCCCCUCUCAGCCGCAGCAGCACCGGCCUCUGGCACCCAGCACCUCGGCGUCUGAGCUGUCGCUCCCCGGGGGGCCGGGGGCCCCUCCUGGCCCCGGGCCCCCGCCGCCCCCUCCCCCGCCCCCCAAACGGCACUGCCGCUCACUGUCGGUGCCCGAGGACCUGUCGCGCUGCCGCUACACCUGGCGGCCCAGCGCCUCGCGGGUCUGGACUCCCGUCAGUCGCCAGCAGUGCCACGGGGGGGCCGGGGGAGGGGGUGCGGGGGGCGGUAUCGGAGUGGGCGUGGUAGGGGGAGGAGUCUGUCCUCUCCGCGCCCCCAGCUCCUCCCUGAACUCGUCGCUACACUCCUCGUCCAGCCCCACCUUCUUCAGCCUGGCGCUGUCUCCGGACUCCCCGCUGCCCUGGAGCUUUCCCUGGGACCCCAGCGAGGCAGCGGCGGGGGGAGGAGCCUGCUGCUGCUUCUUCCCCUCCCCUUCCUCCUGCUCCUCCUCGCCCUCUCCCCUCCACCCGCCUCCUCCUCCUCAGAGACGUUUCUCCCUCUCCCCCGUGCUCAUCAGAGACUCGGCGGCCUCCACCUUCCUGCCUCCGCAUCCCGUGCUGAGACAAACGCCGGUGCGUCCGCCGAGCUGCUCGGCCGUGGCGGCAGCGGCGGCGGGAGGCCCAGUGCCCGCCUCGCCCUCCUCGGCCUGCAGCACGCCGUCCUCCCUGAGGCGCAGUCUGCCGCCGCAGCUGCCGCGCUGCCACUCGCAGCCCUGCGACCUGCUGCUGCUCAAGCCGGGUCUGAAGAGACGGCGAGACCCCGACCGGCCGUGUGCCCGGCCCGUCCUCGACUUCACCAAGAUGACCCAGACCCGCAGCAUCGACCCCCAGUGUCUGGAGCGUGGUGGCAGGCUGGCCUGCGGCGGUGACGUCUUCAUGGGUUCAGACUCCUUCAUGGGCGACUUCCGCGGCUCCUGCUCGCCGGCCGAGUGUUUGGGCCGGACCAGCAUCGGGCCGCUGAGCGAGAGCGACGAGGAGUGCCGCGAGGAGGAUGACGAGGAGGACGACGAAGAGGACGAGUGCGAGGAGGAGGAGCCGGGAGAGCGCGAGGCGGCGCAGCAGGCGGUGUUCGAGAGGGAUUGUACAGAACUGGACUUGAACUUGAUAGAAGAGAACUGAGGUCAAUGGAGGGCUGUUCUCGGUUUCCGUUGUUUGGUUUCCGGAUUUUUGGACCGAUCUGAAGCCCCGCCCCCUCUGCUCCCGCACCGCCAUCUGCUCCACAAGCCGCGCCUCCUUGCCACCAAUCAGCAAGGCUCUCAGGAACAACACCUUCUCUCAUUGGCUGAGCUGAACGCUGACGACAGCGAUGAUGUGACUGCUAGCGGUGAAGCGGCCUUCAGUCACACCAGGUACCUGGAGGCCGUCCAGGUGUCUCCCAACAGCUGGCAGGUCUCUAGUCCACGCUUCGGUUCCGACGAGGCCGCCGCGCCAAUCUGACACGACGAUCGCCACCAAACCACAGUCCUGCACCGCGACACCAGACACCUACCUCACAGGAAGUAAAGGGUCAGUUCACCUGAGCCUCAAACACACAGGUGACAGGAGGCGGAGCCACAAACAACCAGGUGGCAGUAGGCGGAGCCACAAACAACCAGUUGGCAGUAGGCGGAGCCGCAAACACAAAGGUGGCAGUAGGCGGAGCCACAAACACAAAGGUGGCAGUAGGCGGAGCCACAAACACACAGGUAUCAGUAGGCGGAGCCACAAACACCCAGUUGGCAGUAGGCGGAGCCACAAACACCCAGUUGGCAGUAGGCGGAGCCACAAACACAAAGGUGGCAGUAGGCGGAGCCACAAACACACAGGUGGCAGUAGGCGGAGCCACAAACACACAGGUGGCAGUAGGCGGAGCCACAAACACACAGGUGGCAGUAGGCGGAGCCACAAAUACCCAGUUGGCAGUAGGCGGAGCCACAAACACAAAGGUGCCAGUAGGCGGAGCCACAAACACAAAGGUGCCAGUAGGCGGAGCCACAAACACAAAGGUGCCAGUAGGCGGAGCCACAAACACACAGAUGGCAGUAGGCGGAGCCACAAACACACAGGUGGCAGUAGGCGGAGCCACAAACACACAGGUGGCAGUAGGCGGAGCCUCAAAGUCGAUCAAUAAACUUUGAUAAUCUUCUCUUCGGUCCAGUUCAACCUCAGAAUGUGACGAUGUCUCUCUGACGCCAUUGUGUACCAAUAUCGUGGGAUUCGAUCAAUACUAGAACCCUUAUCGAUACUCUUAUCAAUACUAUUACUGCUUAUUUGUAUCAUAAUGUGAGAAAAAGAUUUCUUCAAUAUUCUCGUCUAAUAUUCAGCAGCAGGUGUGUUUCUACCAGGUGAACUGACCCUUUAAUUAUAAACCAAUAUCAAUAAUUCAGUUCAAGUCAAUCACACAGAUUAAUAAUGUCGGUCAAUAAUAAUAAUAAUUCAUGAUAUUAAACAUCAAAUUAUCAGACACACUCACACACUCAGCCACACUCAGACACAUACACUCAGACACACACUCAGACACACUCAGACACACACACACAGACACACACACACACUCAGACACACACACAGACACACACACACACACUCAGACACACACACACACUCAGACACACACACACACGCGGUCAUGUAACCUGGUCGUGGCGAUGCGUUCGGGUUGGCUGCUGAUUGGCGUGUCGUCCUGUCAGUCUUCACUGAGGGCAGGUAGCCACUGAUGCUGUUGUUCACCUGAGUGUUCUCACACACACACACACCUGUCUCUGUGUGUGUGUGUGUGUGUGUGUGUGUGUGACAUCAUCAACUCCUGGUGGUCAUGUGACUUUAGAUGGAAUCUAGAUUGGGUCAUUUAUUUAUUUAUUUAUUUGUUUAUUUAUGUCUUCUGAGCUCCCUGAUGUGAUCAGCUGCUCGCUGCCGUUAAAGCACCACAGAAGAAGCAGAGGAAGAGGAAGGGUUUGAUGUUUUACAGUGAGGAAGACUCCUCGUCAUCACUCGCAUCUCAUAUUUUCAGCUGCUUUUAAUCACACGACUACUUUACACCUCACAGGAAACACUUGCAAACUGCUUUUAUUUUGAAAUCACGGAAACAGUAAAAAUAUUGUAACUUAUUGAAGUUCCUCUGAGAGACGUAUUGAUUGGACGAGCAGCAGCAGUUGUGUUAUGAACACAAGGGAGUUGAUUAGGAGAGAAACAUCUUUAAUGAAUUAAUCUGGAUUUUAAUGAAGUAGAAGACAGUUUUUUAGUUCUUUAGAAGACGUCUGAUCUGGAGGCUGAAGACUCAGAACCCCCAGAAGGUCAAACGAAAGAUGUCCGCAGGCUGUUUUAUGUUUGUUUAAUUUAUUUUUAUGAUAUAUUCUCCCACUUUUUGCUUGAAAGUCACUAAAAGAAGAAGGAGUGACCGUUGGAGCUCAGUUUCCUCCUGAGUAUCACUCCACUCCACGAGGAGGAAACCUUCAACGACAAAAGAGGAAAUAUAGUUUGUGGAUGUGCCCCAAUGCAUUCUGGGAUCUUCCUGGGUUUGCAGCCUCACACUGCGUCUCAUGUGGUCUCUAAAGGUUUCGUUAGUGAUGCGUUCAAGGACACUCCGACAUCUGAGAGUUGAUUUUUUUUUUGCAGCCGCAGAUAUAAACUGAAACCUGGGAGGCAGAAAACCAGAUCUGAACACGUUUCACUUCAGCAGAGGACUCAGAGUUUGGAUGUCCGAAUGUCCCUGAAUGCACCAGAGUUACCAUUCAAUAAAGUUUUCUCUGAAGAGUAAA